AUGUCCACCAUCGAGGCUCUUGAUGUAUCUCGUAUCUUGAACAAGAUGUCCAGGUUCUCCGCAUGCACCUGCACCAACGUCUCCGCAAAGCGCCAUUCAAUCUAUCUGGCCGGCCCCAAGCACCAGCCGGACCCUGCUUUCCCAGACCAAUUCUUGGGCCAUCCAGAUGCGACAGAAGAAUGGUUCGCGGAGGAACCACGCCAAUCCGGCCCAUCGCGGAGGAUCCAAGGAGACAAUCCUGCGCCUGUGUUCCAAACAGAAAUCAGCCCCUCAUAUACAGGGAGGAUCAUACUGCCGCCAGAAACCCGCCUGGCGGAUGCAUGGCGGUACGUUGUCGGGCUUCGCGAUCCCUCGACGAACAGAAAGACUCUUCUCUUGCGUGCGUUCGCCUAUGUCGGGUUUCUCCUGUUUGGCUACUCCGUUGGAAUGCUUUUUACGGCGCGUACUCUCGGAAAGGGCGAGCCGAAGCUUGUAACAGGGAUAGAACUCUCCCUUGUCGCCUUUACCUACGCCGCCAUCACCGUCGUGCUGACCACCGCUACCGACGCCGCUGGGCCGCACUCCUGGUGGGCUAUGAAAUGGGCCGCCGCACAAAAAGCCGACCUUUCCGUCAAAGACAUCAGGCGAAUUCUUCGGAGUGACAGCGUCCUCUCCGCGUCCAAGAGUUUGCUCAUCGGCUCUCUAAGGGCAAAGCUGGCCGCGGUCUUCUACCUCUCCCUAAGACUCGGCCCUCCGUUCGGCUUCUCGCUCCUCUUUGGCGGAUAUACGGUGGAGUGCAGCGAAGAGGGUGCACGCUAUCCCUGGGAGUUUAUCGUGAGGACCAACUUAGGGCUUCUCCUAUGCGGCGGCAGCCUUACCGUUGGAGUCCCGGUUGUCUGCUCCAUCAUCUUGCUCCUCUAUGCCCGCAAGACCGACAGCGUGCCGCGGUCCUUGCUGGCUGUGGCCAUCUCGCUUUCCAACGUCAUCCAGCCCCUUCAACGACGCGGGACAAUGGCCCCGAGCAAGGCGGUCGUCAAGAGACUCGACAGCACGCAGCGUUUCCAAGCCGUCCGUUGCAACAUGAACGGCCAGUUCGUACUCGAAUUCGCACCCUGCGAGCCCCUCAUCCAGCCCUCGCCAGACGCCGCGGCCGAAGGGUCUGCUGUGGAUCUUACCACCGAGCACAGCGGCUCGUUCCUGGUGUCACACGCCAAAAGGCUCGCUCCGCCCAUGGCGGGUUCCCUCCUUCUUGCUAUAGGCCUCCAGGUAUGGCUACAGACUGUCAGCAUCAGAAGCCCUGACGACGCCAACAUCUGUCUUCCGAUGGACCAGAUCUUUGGCUACCCGGGCGCGCGGAUCGGGCUGAGUAUCCUGGUCAGUUUCUACGGUAUUGCGAUUGCCGCCGCCUACGAGCAAAUGAUGCAAAUUUACCGCUGGUCCGUUGUCCACCGGAACCCCGUAAAUUUCCUCUGGCUGGAGAAUGUCUUCCAGGGACACUUCCUCCUAUCGUACUGGUGCUUCAAACAUCUACCCAUUCUGGGCGGCCGCGCCUUUACCACGGGCCUACUUGGCACCGUCGUCACCCGCCUGUGCGUCGGCUUCAUCACGCCGCUGGCACUGCUGAUCGGCUGGGACUCGGCCACGCAGUCUACAACGUACAGGGACGCCGUUUUCGCGAUGACAUGGGUCACGUUUGGCGGUAUGGUGCUUUCUAGUGUCGUUGUGCUAGCGUCGACGCGGAAGGAUUACGUUCCGGACGAUGACCCGAUCGUCACGGCGGUAGUGAUGCAGGACCUAGUCGAGCUGCUCCGCGAGACAAACGGGACGGUGAGGACAGAAAAGAUGAAGAUAGGGUCGGUCCAGGUCCAUGGCGUGGAAGCUACCCCUACACAGGAUUCAUUUUCAAGGGUUUCGGUUCGGCAAGAGGUUGAGGCAUUCAAGGCUGGAUGGUAUAUAUGA